UCAGACAGUCUCUCACUCACUCACUCACACACACACACACACACUCACACAGACUGAGAGAGAGACUGGAGGUAACAGUGCAUUAACAGCUGUGUUUUUUUAGCCAGCGCUCAGCUUUAUUUUUAUCCAGAAAACAUUUAUAAACCGGCAUCAAAUCCGAAGCGAGUAAAAAAAAGGCAGAAAAUGGAGGCGUUUAGUUCAGGAAGUGAGAUUAGCAUUAGCUUGUGUUUGAGCUCCACAACAAGCUGGAGCACAGAUUCACACUGAGGCUUAAACACAGGGAGUUAAUCUCAGUCUGUCAGUCAGGUAUUGCGUCAUUAUUCACACGUCAGAAUCAGGAGAUAAAACGUGUGAUUUGGUCACAUUUUGGUCUUCAGUCAUUCACUUCCGGAUUAGCUGCAGAAGUUUCCCUCAACUGUAGCUAAAUCAUUAGGUCAUGACGUUGGCGCGGUUGAAGUACCUCUCUCUGGGUGUGCUGGUGUUCCAGACGACUUCUCUGGUGCUGACCAUGAGAUACUCGCGCACGCUGCAGGCCGACGGGCCGCGCUACCUCGCCUCCUCCGCCGUGGUGCUGGCCGAGCUGCUCAAGAUCCUCACCUGCAUCUGCCUCGUCUGCAAAGAGCACAGUUUCAGUGUCCGUGCUCUGAGCAGCGUCCUCAGGCAGGAGAUCAUCCAUAAGCCAGUGGAGACGCUGAAGCUGGCCAUUCCCUCAGGAAUCUACACGCUGCAGAACAACCUGCUCUACGUGGCACUUUCCAACCUCGACGCUGCAACGUACCAGGUGACCUACCAGCUGAAGAUCCUCACCACUGCCCUGUUUUCUGUCUCCAUGUUGAGUCGCAAGCUCGGUCUGUAUCAGUGGCUCUCGCUCAUCAUCCUGAUGGCCGGAGUAGCGCUUGUACAGUGGCCCACGGAUUCUUCAGGUUCCUCCGUGAAGCCUCAGGUCACCACAGGGUCUCCGUUCGUGGGUUUGGUGGCCGUGUUGGUGGCUUGCUGCUCCAGCGGCUUUGCCGGUGUUUACUUUGAGAAAAUCCUCAAAGAGACCAAGCAGAGCGUGUGGGUCCGAAACAUCCAGCUGGGUCUGUUUGGUCUGGUUUUUGGUCUGUUUGGAAUGUUGGUGUAUGAUGGAGAGAGCGUGAAGGAGCAUGGAAUGCUUCAGGGCUACAACUCCAUCACCUGGGCUGUGGUUUCUUUACAGGCAUUAGGAGGUCUGGUCAUAGCUGCUGUUAUUAAAUACGCAGAUAAUAUUCUGAAAGGUUUCGCCACGUCCCUGUCCAUCAUCCUGUCCACGCUCAUUUCCUACUUCUGGCUGCAGGAUUUUGAGCCGACGAGCGUCUUCUUCAUGGGAGCCGUGCUGGUCAUAGUGGCGACGUUUUUGUACGGCUACGAAAACAAACCCGCGUCGAACCCGAGCCGAGCGUGACGUCAAGCUGUGGACACCAAAGUGCUGAAGGAGGUCCAGGAUGGAGCCAUAGAGUUGGAGGCGAUCGUGGGAAUGAAAUGAGGAGGCCUAAAGAAAGAGAGAGGUGGAAGGAUGGAUGGUGGAUGGAGGUGUCCACAGUGUGACGCAUUAAUGCAUUGAUCGAGCGAGAGUGUGCAGUCGUGUGAGAGAUCAGAGACGGAGAGCCGUGAUGAGAGACGAGCUUCGAGGACAAUCACAGAACAAGAGAAAGAAACCUCAAGCACAAGAUAAACUGUUCCUGUGUACAACAGAACUUGAGUACAUGAGGAAAACACUGGAGUGCCAUUCCGAUCUGAGAGUGUGUGUGAGUGCGAGCUUGUGUGAGAGUGCGAGCUUGUGUGAGAGUGCGAGCUUGUGUGAGAGUGCGAGCUUGUGUGUGAGAGUGCGAGCUUGUGUGAGAGUGCGAGCUUGUGUGUGAGAGU